AUGGCCGACGAGGCGGGACAUAUCGCGCUUCAGGUGGGGCAGGCGCCCGACACCGACCUGGAGCGACAGAUAGCUGAAAUGAAGCGGAAAUGGCAGGAGCUCCAACAGGCCCUCGCCUCUACGUCCUCCACCACGACAUCUUCUUCUACAUCAUCAUCUUCUUUCGACCCCAACCCCGACACCUCGUCUUCUUCCCCGCAACAGCAGCGCCAACAUCAACAUCAUCGCACCGUCAACACCAGGCGCAGCAGUGCCAGGAGACCCUCGCCGCCGUCAUCGAGGACAUCGCCAUCUCUCAAGGAGGCCACGGCCCAGACGACCCCGCAUCUGUUGGUCGAGGGCAAGGACCAAGAAGCCGACGAUCAUCAACAGCCAGAAGCGAACAACAACAAUGACCAUCAUCAUCAACAACAACGUAACGACGAAAAUGGUAACCAGAGCGAGGAGGAUGACGACGAAGAAGAAGAUGCGUCGGAGGGCGACGUCGAUGGAAACGACAGCGAUAUCGAUAGUGACAACAACAACAAGAAGAGGCGGAAGAAGAGGAGCGGAGGCGGGUCGUCGGCGGGAGGGAAGAGGAGGCGAAUGAGCUACAGCUACAACGUGGACGACCGCAAGGCCUGGCGCAAGCGGCAGGUGGGGAUCGACGGCCUCACCGACGAGGAGCGAUGGACCCAGCGGAUGAGCGAGCUCGAAGCCUUCAAGGAGCGCUUCGGCCACGUCAACGUUCCCCAGAAGUGGCACGAGAACCAAAAGCUGGCCAACUGGCUCAAGAACGUGAGGCAGCGGUGGACCCACGUUGCCAACUACCUCACGCCGGACAAGGAGCACAUACUGGCCGAGCUGGGCGUCAAAAAGUGCGAGCCGCUCGACAUCAUCAUCGCCAAGGCCAAGGGCCGUGGCGGCGGCAGCGGCGGUGGAGGCAAGAGGAAGCGAUCACGCGCUUCGUCGUCUUCUUCGACUUCGGCGUCGGCCGACGAUGAUCUCGCCAGCAGUGACGGAGGUGAGGCCGAAGCUGCAUCAUCUUCUGGCGAGGCAACACAAGAGAAGAAGAUCCAGACGCCAACCGGCUCUUCGAAAGAUGAAGGGAGAAAAGAUGUAGAAGAAGAUGAUGUUGAACGUCUGCCAAAGAGGAGGAGGAGCGCCCCCGAGCCGCGAGAGAUCGAGAAUGUGAAGAAGGGAGAAGAACAGCGAGAUGAAGAUGAACCUCGAGGCCAGCCCGAGCAGCAGGACGCCGGGCCACGACGUAGCGGGAGGAAGAGGAAGCCCCUGUUCGAUCUCGAGCACCUCGACCUCCACUACGGCGAGACGAAGGAGUGGUGGAGUCGCUACGCGCUCGACCGAGGCCAGCCCGCUCCCGCCCGACGGCAACGAUCAUACCAGAUCGACGUCGAGCGCGGCAUCGUCGACCAGGUCUACGGCGACGUCAACAUCGUGCUGCGCCGCAAGCCCAAGGAAAACAACUUCAAGGCCAUCCUCCACACCAUUCGCGACCUCAUGAACUCGCCCGCGGCGGUGCCGGCCUGGCUCCACGACGUGUUCCUCGGCUACGGCGACCCCGCGGCCGCCCGCGGCGCACAGGCCCGCGGCUGGAUCGACUUCCGCGACACAUUCCUCGACUACGACCACCUCCGCCACUCGUUCCCGGGUCUCCGCCUGGCGCCCACCACCGACGACGAGGCCGCCCUGCGCCCGCCCUUCCAGCUCCGCUUCCCCGAGGCCGACGGCGGCAGCAGCGAAGGCGGCGCGGAGCCGGGCACGGUCGAGGUGCGCCCGUACACGCAGAAGAACCGCGGGCCGUACCCGUACGACCAGCCCAAGCGCAACGCCAUCCCCUUCACCCCCAAGCAGGUCACCGCCAUCCGCUCCGCCAUGAACGAGGGGUUGACGAUGGUGGUGGGUCCGCCCGGUACGGGUAAGACGGACGUGGCGGUGCAGGUGAUCUCCAACUGGUAUCACAACUACCCGGACCAGCGCAUCCUCCUCAUCACCCACUCCAACCAAGCCCUCAACCAGCUCUUCGAGAAGAUCAUGGCCCUCGACAUCGACGAGCGGCACCUGCUGCGUCUCGGACACGGCCAGAAGCUGCUCGAGACCGAAAAGGACUUUGGCAAAUACGGACGCGUCGAGUGGAUGCUCCAGAAGCGUCUGAGGAACCUGGAGCUUGUGCAGAAGCUGGCGCGGGCGAUCGGAGCCGAGGGCGACUUUGGAUGGAGCUGCGAGUCGGCCGCGCACCUGUACUCGCUCCACGUGCGCCCGGCGUGGGACAACUACAAGGCCCGCCUCGGCGCCGCCGACCCGGCCGACCCGGCCGCCGUCGCCGCCCACUUCCCCUUCGCCCGCUUCUUCGACGACCUGCCCGACCACGUCCCCGGCCAGCCGCUCUUUGCCGGCGUGUCGCGGGCCGACGACGAGGAGACCGCGCGCGGCUGCUUCCGCCACAUUCGCGCGCUGUUCACCCACCUCGACGAGUGCCGGCCGCUCGAGCUGCUCCGCACGGGCCACGACAGGGCCGACUUCCUGCUGAUCAAGCAGGCUCGCAUCAUGGCCAUAUGGACCAACACGCUCUUCAUGCUCGGGUACCUGUGGUGGACCCUCGCCGCCGGGGAGGGGCGGUAUGCACUCAUUGCAGCGCUCACGGUCAGCGUGGUGCUCACCAGCGCAUGA